AUGCAAUCGGCCCACGUAAGUGAUCAAAACCAAUCUUUUUUGCCCUACAUACGACGAUACAUAGGAUCAAAGUCGGCAGUACAUAGGAUCAAAGUCAUUCACGACUGUUGCUCCAUUCACGCAUUAUUUGUAGCUUCUUCUUGGGCGAUUUUGGCAAUAUCGUCUUCCAAUUCAAGGCAUGGCAGGAGUCAUAAAGGUGCUGCAUGUUUUCGCGAUAAACCAUUUCCCCAAUUUGAUAAUCUAUGUAAAAUCUUCGGUAAGGAUAGAGCUACUGGUCAUGGAGCUACUGAUCUUGGUGAAGAUGUAAUUGAAGAGACACAAAGAAACUCACCUAUUAAUGUGGAAGGGUUGGAAGAUAUUGUUGAAGAGACGCAACAAACUGCUCGUAUCAAUAGUAAACGCAAAAGGCCUCCAACGAAUGACACCGAAAGCUCUAAUAAGGAAGCAGCGAAAAAAAUAAAAGAGACUUUCAAGGAGGUUGGUGAGAAACUUAAUGAAACAAUAUACAAUAUAGGAAGACAAGAAAAUAAGGAAGCGUGUGAUAUAAUAGAUAAAGUUAUCGAAGAUAUACAACGCAUGCCAAAUAUUUAUGUCAAACAGCGAAAUAAUGCGAUUGACAUAUUUAGCAAAGAUCAAUUUCACGCCCGAGCAUUUUUUAAGAUCACAGAAGAAGAAAAUAUUUGUUACAUGGAAAUGAUUGCAGAUGGGUCAAUAUCAUGA